UCUGUCUCCCAUGGCCCUUCCCGUCUCAAAUCCAGGCUAACGCAGUCCUGGGCUCAUCUCUCUCUGUCACGGGGGUAAACUCCGGGUUUUUCCCGCCAGCCCAGACCCACGCAGGAGCUGCUGCUAGAAGUGAAUGUUCUGCCAGAAGUCAAGGGAAGAGUUAAGCCCCGUCGCAUGACUGUGAUUUUCAGUGCAAGUUCCUCUUCCUGUUUCAGGAAUUGGGGAAAAAAAAUUGCACCAUUUGGUAAAACCCCGGCUGAUCAUCGGCACUGGGGCUCGGCCCUUUGGGGUGGUGGGUGCAUGAACCCGCUGAAGAUGCGGGCACCCCAGACCCCGUCUGCCCCAUCACCCCAAGACAGUUCCUAGCUCUGCCCUUUCCUUGGCCUCUCUUCCAGAUGUCCUUCUACUUCUCAGACACGGCAGUGCUGCUCUUUGACUUCUGGAGCAUCCACACCCCCACAGGUAUGUCCAUGCCGGGACAUGCCACCCCGCCCCCGUCGAUGCUUUACGAAGCCGUCAAGAUGGGCAAGGCCGUGCUGCUGUGGCGGGCGCUGCUGGCUCUGCCCCGCAGCCUCAGCCGGGAGGUGCUGGCGGAGCCGGAGGAGGGGGGCACCGGCCCUGCGCAGGGCAGGUGGUUUCGGUACCAUGUCGGCCAGACCUUGUUCCAUGUGGUGCAGGUGGUGCUGGGCUACAUGGUGAUGCUGGCCGUCAUGUCCUACAAUGCCUGGAUCUUCCUUGGGGCCAUGGCAGGCUCCACGCUGGGCUAUUUCGUGGUGUACCCCCUGCUUGGUCGGGGCUAGCCCCCCCUGCGGGACGGUGGGCAAUGUGCUCCACACCUCCUGCUACUUUGUCCGGAAUAGCUGCUGUCACUUCUGCUGGGUCUGUCCUUGUCCCCGUGCUAGGUGGGAUGCAGCACGCCAGGGACUUGCUGCGGGGACCCUCAGUGCUGGGGUAGCAUCCGGUUCAUGAGGGAGGUGCUGGGGAAGGGGAGCGCUGUGGCC